CAGGGAAGACUGAAGCUACCAAACUUAUAGUCCACUACCUCAGCUCGAUGUAUAAGGGCAGAAAUUACAACCUCCGACAGCCCAUGGAGGUCUUUCCAAUCCUAGAGAGUUUUGGGAAUGCCAAAACAAUCCUCAACAGCAACUCCAGCCGCUUUGGCAAGUACCUCCACAUCCACAUUCUUCAAGGAAUUGUUGUAGGGACCUCACUCUCCAAAUAUCUCCUUGAGAAGUCCAGGGUUGUUUUUCAGGCAAAUGAGGAGAGGAAUUACCAUGUGUUCUAUGAACUGCUGGCAGGUAUGAAUGGCUGGGACAAACAAGAGCUCUACCUGCAGGAAGCUGAGACGUAUUACUACCUAAACCAAGGUGGUACCUGUGAGCUGAAGGAGAAGCAGGACAAACAAGACUUUCAGCUUUUGAUUCAAUGCUUUGACAUCAUAGGACUCCACGCUGAGCAGGUCUCCACUGUCUGGGCCAUCCUCUCCUCUAUCCUACAGCUUGGCAACAUUUGCUUCAGCUCAUAUGAGAGUGAUUCAUUUGAGGUGGCUCAACUCUUCAGUGAGGCCGAGGCCAGGAGGGUGGGCUCACUGUUGCAGAUUUCCUCUGAGGCUCUUCAGACUGUGAUCACUCACAGAGUUACCGAAAAAAGGGAAUCAAGUGACUCAGUUUAUUGUCUGCUGUCUGUUGCUUCUUUUCUCCUCUCUAGAGAUGCCAUUGCUAAAGCCUUGUAUUCUGUUCUUUUUGACUGGUUGGUGGAGCAGAUUAAUGAAUGGCUGAGUCCCACAGAAAUGGACAGCACCGUGGGCAUAGUUGACAUUUAUGGAUUUGAGAACCUGGGAGUGAACAGCUUUGAGCAGCUGUGUAUCAACUUUGCCAAUGAGCAUCUGCAGCAUUUUGUCAACAAGGCAGUAAUCACUCAGGAACAGAAAAUGGAAGAGGCUAAAGACGACUGUCAGUCUCCCUCGGACUGGGGCUCCAUGGAAGAUCUCACCUUUUGGGGUAUCACUGAUGAUAAGAAAGGUGAGCCCAGAACUGCACUGGAGGAGCUGGUCAAUGACAUGAAUAGAGCUGGGACCACGGUGUCAAAGGCCACUGACCACACAUUCCUCCAGAAGUGCCACUACCAUCAUGGAAACAGCCUCUACUAUGCCAAGCCCAGGAACCCUUUGCCAGUCUUCACUAUUUACCACUAUGCUGGACCUGUCACUUAUCAGGUUCAUCAUUUCCUGAAUAAGAACCACGACCAGUUUAGGACAGAAGUGGUGGAGCUAUUUGCCAGGAGUCGCAGUAAGAUGGUGUCAGAGCUGUUCCAGAAGGUUCAGGACAGUUAUGUUCAGCAGACAGAGUUGGGCUGGAAGAGGAGGGGCCAACGCCAACAGUCCACUACUGCUGCUUCGCAUUUCCUCCAGUCCUUGACUGAACUUACCACCCGCUUGGAGAGAUGCAAAACUUCCUUCAUUCAUUGUCUGAAGCCAAACUAUGUCAAGCUUCCUGGUAUCUUUGAUGUGGACUAUGUGUCAGCACAGCUGAGGCAUGCGGGGUUGCUGGAGACCAUCCACAUCCGGAAAGAAGGCUUUCCAAUAAGGAUUCAGUACUCCUACUUUGUCUCAAGGUAUGGGGUUCUGAAGGCCCAGCAGUUAAAUGAAAUAUCAGACAGAGAUCAGACAGUGGCUCUGCUGGAAAUAUUGGAUGCUGAGGAGGGACAGUACCAGUUGGGACUCACCAAGGUGUUCCUUAAGGAGCAACUGUACCAGCAGCUGGAAGAAAAAUGGAGCAGCACUCAAACAUGGGCUGCCAUCACCAUCCAGAGAAACAUAAGGGGUUUCCUCUGCAGGAAGAACUUUAGAUUCUUCAAACAGAAAGCCAUUGUCAUCCAGAGCCACAUUCGAGGACACCAGGCCAGGAAGUACUACAAACGUUUGAAGCAGUCCUUCACUCAGUUCUGGGCUUUGAUGCUAAUAACCAGGAACACCAUAAAGAGACAUCACUGGAGAAAGGAAUUACAUGACAGAAGCCAAGUGAAAGCCGUGACAAGGGCAAAGUCUGUCUCUCAAGAGAUGGAUGUGAGGAUGUUAGAGAUCCCUGCUGAGCUGUCCGCCAGACUCCACAGCACAGCAGGGCAGAAGCAGGGAUCAGGAGUCACAGAGGUCCAACCUCCACAGGUGAAAGCAGAACAUAAGCUCAACCUGCCUCUUGAUGUUGACAGAUACCCAUUCUCACGCUAUGCCAAGUCUGUAUUAAAGGAUACAUGGUGCCAGCCUCAGGGAUAUCCCCUUCAGAAACCCCUUACAGCUCUAGAACCUGAAGAUGCCAGAACUGCUUUGGAGAUUUACAAACUGAUUUUGCAUUUCACAGGAGAUGUAGAUAUUAGCAGCUGGCAGGAGCAAAUUUUAGGCAACUACAUAGUGGAGAAAGGCCAAAGCCUGCCAGCCUUGAGGGAUGAGAUCCUGGUCCAGCUGGUUUACCAUACUUGGAGCCUGAAGGAGGAGCAGCAAAGCUUGAGGGGCUGGUUGCUAAUGGCCUGCUGCCUAAGUGCUUUCACACCAUCACCAUCACUGGACAAACAUCUACUCAAGUAUGUAUCUGACUAUGGUCCAGGGGAGUCCCGUUCACUGUGCCAACAUAAACUGCUGACAUCUAUGAAGCUUCCAUCUCCAACCUGCCGGAUGUACCCACCCACCGAGCUGGAAUGGACGUCCAACCAGAGGAAGGGAACCAUGUUGGUAGACGUUCACACCUACAAUGAUGAGAAGUUUGUAACUGAAGUGGAGUCUUGGACCACAGGAGAGCAGCUAGCAUCGUGGAUUCUUCAUUUCAGAGGUGUUUCGGAGGUGGUACAGGGCUGGUCAGUGUCUCUUUUUUCAAUCGAUGACGGCUGGUCUGAUUUAGCUGGCUCAGAUUUUGUCAUGGAUCUGCUGGCUGGAGCUGAAGCUGAAGUGCUCCCACCAGAAGGGACUUCCACCUCUACUUACUCUGAUUACCUGUUCAGCAACCAGGGAGAUAGGAUAUCAACAACCGAUCUAGAUGACUUUAUACCACCAGCACCACCCAUACAAGCUCCUGGUCUACCUCCUUUUGAAGGAAACCAGUGGAGAAGAGAUUAUCCACAGGAAGGGCGCAGUCGACAGAUGGAGGCCUAUGUUGAUGACAUAUUUGAACCCGUACUGGACAAUGGACCUCCAGACAUGGAAAGAGUAGCUAUUCUGAAUCGCAGGAUGAGAGGGGGAGGGGGGAUUGGACCGAUGCACUCUGGCAUGUAUGGAGCAGGUAUGCCUAUGACAAUGCCAAGCUAUCCUUUCGCCAUGAUGAUGCCUCAGGCUCCCAUGCCUGCUCCUGCUGCUGACCCCAUGCAGAUGGCAGCAGCAACGCAACAGGCUCUAAUCAACCAGCAAGCCCUUGUCAUGGCCCAGCAGAUGACCAUGCAGGCAAUGACUCUGUCCCAGCAGCAGGCACAGGAGCAGCAGAAGAAGGAGCAGGAGAGACUGAAGAGGGAGGAACAAAGGCAGAGGGAACAGGAAAGAAGGCAGGAGGAUGAGAGAGAACGGAGGCGUAGGUCAGAACGGCGUUCUAAAGACCGUUCAAGUUCACCUCCUCCUCAGUCUCGCUCACCCCCACCUGUCCAGUCCAAAGCAUCUGCACCUAAAAUCACCCAAAACUACAGUCAGCCUGAGGCAGAGCCAGAAACAGAAGUAAACUUAGAUCCAGAUGAGCUAUACUCUGUCAAAGAUAAGAGGGACUUCUUCCAGAAGAUUGUGAAACAUCCUGCAAGGGAAGUUGACCCCCGAAAAGAAAAACCAACCCCAACUCCCCUCACUAAGCCUCAACCUGAACCCACUUCCAACAUUCGGGAAAUCAUCAAACAGUUCAACAGCCGACCACAACCAGAACCCGAACCCUUUCAGCCCGUCAGAUAUCCUGCAAAAUCAUUUGUAAAGAAGAGUGACCCCAAAGAGGAAGCUCUGGCUAAGCUUAAAAACAAAGCACCAGUGGCACAACAGAAGAAACAGUGGGUGCCUCCUCCACCCCCUUCUCCAAAGACCCGUUCACCACAGAAAUCUCCACCAUCAACAAGGGGUCGCAGAGUCAUCUCCAACAGCAUGAGACAGAAACAGCGCUCCCUGGAGGACCUGUUCAGCUCCCAGCAGCCCCAGCACCCUCCUCCUUCUCCCCCUGACUCCCCACCACCUUCCCCAGGCUUUCAGGACAUCCCUGAGCCACCAUCAAUGGCUGCUCCAUCAAUAAAUGAUGAUAUGCCAGAGGACGGAGGCAUUCAGUCCAAACUCCACCGCUUCUCUGCUGGGGUUUACUUCUCAUACUACAACAUGCCAGGAAAACUGUUCCUGCGGAAAGAAGUUUUUUACCCCAGAGAGAUGUUUAACCAGCCCUAUAUUCUUAAUCUGUUGUGUGAACAGAUAAUCAAGGACACUUACUCUGACAGCUGCGAGAAGAUCAGCAGAGAGGAGAGAAGGAAGAUGAAAGAUCUGCUGGCAAAUUUCAACGUAGGAACAACUAUAAACACCAUCCAGGACAACAACAUGAAGAAGAGGAUUGUCAUUGCAGCUCGAGACAACUGGGAAAACUACUUUACUCGUCUGUUCCCUGUGAAGCCAGACAGUGGGGAUGCCCAGGUGUUGGGUGUGUCUCAUCGCGGGAUUCGUCUCCUUAAGAUGGUGAGGGCAUUGGGGAUAAACCCCAAACAUCUCCGGCUACUCAAAGGUUACAGUUUUGCAGAGGUGCUGUCAGCUGAACUUCAGGGUGAAGACACAGUGGCUCUGAAGCUGAAGAGUGAAAAACUGGUGUUGCAGUCACGCAGGGCUCCUCAGAUCAUUGCUAUGAUUCAGUCAUUCAUCCUGGAACUCAUCAAGGACUCAAACCAUGUAGUUGCCCUGAAGAGUUUUGUAACAGAUGACAAGAGUCUACUCAGCUUCAAUAAGGGUGAUAUAAUCAAACUGCUGCCAAUGGAAGGGCUAGAGCCAGGCUGGCGUUUUGGCAACAAGGGAGGACGUUCUGGUCUUUUUCCAGAAGGCCUCACCCAGCCAUCUGCAGCCCCAGACUACCACUGUCUCAAUCUAAACAGAGAUGAGAAGAGGAAAAGCAUGAGGAAGACUGUCAGCCCACCCAAAGUUCCAUCUCCAGCUCUCAUCAACAGACACAUGGGCAGCCCUAAUUCAAAGCAGCCUGGAAGAGAGGCUUCACCCCACGGUUUGGUGCAUGGAUCUCUCCAGAGAUCACAACAGAGCUCAAUGCAGGGCUCAGUCCUCAACUUAGAGGUGAACUCACCGAUGGCUGACUUUGCCAUGAAGUACUUCAGACUGGGGACAACAGGUCUGCCAGUCAACGGAAGGAAUUUUUCACAAGUGAUUGAAUACACAGAGACUCCCAUCCAGGAAUCUCUCAUUCUCUAUAAUGACCCUGAAAUCAAUGAGUUAUCUAUUCAGUGUUUCACAAACAUGAUGGAGUACAUGGGAGACAUGCCAGUGAGGAAGAACAGCAGCCAGCCAGAGUGUCUGAGGCAGAUUCUUCUGCUAGGGAAGGAAAAGGAACUGCUGAGGGAUGAAAUAUUCUGCCAGGUUAUCAAGCAAACUACCAACAACCCAAAAAAAUCCAGCUGUUCCUUAGGUUGGCAACUACUCAGUGUGGUGGCUGGCUUUUUCCCUUGCUCUACUACACUGCAGCCUUAUAUCACACGCUACCUCGAUGACAUCUCUCAGGAUUAUGUGCACCCAUACCAUGAACUGGCAUCUUUGAGUCAUGAUAACCUCCAGCGCUCUCUUCGCUUUGGUGGUCGCCGCAAUAUCCCCUCAUAUCCCGAGAUAGAAGCAAUACUGGCUGGCCAAACUUCUAUCUAUAUUCCUAUCCACCUGCCAGGAGGAGUGGAAUUUCCCAUACAAAUAAAAAACUUCAGUGUCACUGAAGAUGUGGUAAUGGAGUUGUGUAAAGAAAUGGGCAUCACCCAACUCAAAGAACUCAAAGAGUUCUCCAUCCUUGUCAUUAGACAACAAGAUGGGAUGGUGCGUCCCCUUCAUUUUGAGGAGUACCUGUUUGACUUUCUGGUGGAGGACAACUCAAGCUCCUUGUUGCUGAGAAGAGUGAUGUGGAGAAUGCCUCUUUCUUUUAUCAAUGACCUUUAUGUGGAUUUCCACUACCAACAGCUUCUUGCAGACUAUCUGAGCGGGCAACUGAUGCUUCCUCCUGUCACAGGAGGGUCAUCAACAAUCCAGCAGAUAGCAGUGCUGUCAGCCCUGCAGCAUCUGGCUCUGGGCCUGCAGGACCAGCCCUCACUGUCAGAAAUAAAGGGGUACCUGCCUUCACAGACUGGGCUCCGUAAUAAAGUGGAGGAGAUCCUCACUUUCUGUCAGGGUCGGAUUGCUGCCAUGCAGUCCCUUAGCCCUCAACAUGCCAAAGUACAAUUCAUUGAGACUCUGAGUUCUCUGCCCCAGUUUGGAUCCAACACUUUCCUGGCUGAGAAGGUGAGCCAGCGUGGUUGUCCUUCUCCGUGUGUGGUCUGCAUCAACCAGGAAGGAGUGCUGUUCCUACACUCCAAAACACAGGAGCAAGUGUUUCGGAUUCCUCUGACUGACGUUCAGUUCAUGCGCACCAUUCACCCCAAUAAAAAAGGCAAGGUGCCAGCCGUGGACAUCGACUAUGGCAAUCCAGCUGCUCCUAAAAGAAUCACCAUUCAUCUCAAACAGGCUAAACAGUUGUGCCACACCCUUGCUCUAAUAAUGGAAGAGCUGAUUCGACCGGCAAUCUCCAGCUCCAUUUCAAAGUAGAUUCAGUAGAUACAGAGAGAAAAGACAGGUUUUGUUCUUUUUAUUGUUAUUGUUGUUUUAUUAUUGCUAUUGUUGAAACAAACUGAGUAGAAACAUGCAGAAAUGAUCCUGAUAUGUGUCCUGUCCUGUGUCCUAUAAAUGGAAACCUGCAACACGUAACACUCAUUAAGGAGCAUACCAAGUUAGAGACAAUAAAGUAUCAGAAUAAACGUUUGAUCAUAAUCUGAACUGUAAACUGUUGUUGGAAUGCAAAGUUGAUUAAUUAUUGGAAUGAAUGCUGAUGUCAUUUAAGUAAAUUAGCAUCAUUAAAGAUUUACAUUACCUGCUUACA